UUGGAAGAUAUUGAAGAAUUUAGCGAACAAGACACGGAUUGUGAACAAGAUGGCGAGGAUUUUGAAUUAGCAUCUGAUAACGCAAUCAUUGAUCGAACAUCGUCACCUGAAACCAUACCUGUAUACCUAGAAGACGUCCCGGUGAAUAAAUUACAACUUGGCUACUAUUUGGGAAAGGAUGGUGCAACUAAAUGGAAGGGUCUCUGCACCAUCUCAGAGUGUACGAACUCGGUCUCACAACAUUGUUCUGGAAACAGAUGGAUGCUAGGCCAUGCCAAGAUAUCGCCAUAG